AUGGCUUCGUCUGUAUACUUCGGGAACGGGAACGGAUUUUCUGAAAAGGCGCGGCUUAAUGGCCUCCCCACACACUCUUCCGCCAUCCGAGAGAAAUGGCACCGACAUCACCACACCUCGUCCUGGCUAAUACCCAUUUCCCUCCCUAUACCUGGUGUUCGCACCCGCCGAAUUAGACUUAUGGCACCGAAUCCGACGCGACUGCACCAAUUCAGUGUCACCCGCUUCGGGAGAACCAAGGGUCCUCUCGUCCUAUGCAUUGGCCUUGUCAUUGCACUCUUCACCGUCUUCGCGCUGCACAAGCGGUUUGCCACGCGAGAGAAGACGUGGCCCACAUUGAAUGUGGGUGAUCCUCCGACUCUCGUAUUCAGGAAGGAGGACCUGCAACGAAUAUGGGAAUGGGAGAUCGCCGCAGGGCAUUACCCGAGUAAUCAUAAGAUUCCUAAACAGAUCGGACUGACUACACCCCCAUUAAAUCCAGCACUUCCCGUGCGGAAGGCUGCAACCAUUCCUGCGAAGUAUCGGUCACCGACCGUGACGACUACUCUCGGAGCUGGUGCAAAGCGCGUAUAUCUCGAUUUACAGCCGAAUGCUGCCUUCCCACCACGUCCGGUUCCGGGCAGCAUUGCGGAUCUCGACGUGGUCAUGGACCACUGUGACUUCUCCACCAAUCAGUAUGUACGAGAUUGCUUGGAAGUCCUCCGGUUAGGUGCGGGGUUGGAUACCGGACCAAGGUUGCGGAGAGGCAAGAUGGACGAGUGGAAAUACAUCUAUGUGGAGGAAAUUGAACCUGAGAACGCCACGGAAGCAAACGCGACUUCGAAACCUACCUUUGCUUUGAAAACCCAAGGCGACUUGGAUGCAAGUGCUGGCUUCUCGAAGAAGCGAGGCGUGGAAUGGGAACCCCACCUCCACUUACCUGCGCCUCCCCCGUACCGGUCAUAUAAGAACCAGCCCUCCACCUGCGACGACGAUAGUCCUCGUAUCUACCACAUGUUCUGGACGGGGCCAUUCACAGACAAGCCAUAUCUUGCGCUGCUAUCCUUCCUAUACACGCAGAACAUCCAGUUACACCAAGAGGAUGACCACGUCGAUCCCAAUGUUUGCCGUCCUGUUUUCUGGUUGUGGAUCAACCCUGGGCCGGCUGCUGCGGUCCCUAAUCCGAACGCACUACGGGAUAUGUUUGACGACUUGAAGUCCAACCCAUGGGCUUCACCCUUCCUGCAUCCACGAUUCAAAGACGUGAUCAAGAUCAAGAUGUGGAACACCACUGAGCAACUGGACGGUAUCCCGGAGCUCAAGGAUGAGUGGAGGAAACUUCGGGACAGCUUGUUCAACUCGGGUGGGUUCGUCGAGAAGGUCCCUCAGAAUCAGCAAGUCGAGCUGUCGGUCACCUCGGAGAGUUCGGAGAGCGAGGAAGACGGCGAGGUCUUGACGGCAGCUGUUGCACCCAGUCCGACCAGUGGACAGAAAUCUGGCAAUGACGAUGACGACAAGCUGAACCGUGUCGGUUCAAAGUCUCCUUCCUCAUAUGAUCGGCUGUCUGUCAUUUUAUCGGACAUGGCGCGCUUUGUGCUGUGCCACAGGUUCGGAGGUAUUUAUCUUGAUGCGGACGUCCUCCUUCUCCGUGAUUGGGAGGAACUCUGGGGAUGGAAGGGAGCUUUUGCAUACCGGUGGUCGCGUCUGGAGAAAUACAACACGGCGGUCCUUCGGAUGAACAAAGGAUCAGCGUUGGGGACUUUCCUAUUCCGUACUGCACUCAAGAACGGCUUGGACUUCCACCCCAUGACGGUGUCUCGCUACAUUAAAGACGCCUACCUGGAUGGACUACUUCUGCGCCUCGCGGACGCCCUGUUUGACCCGGCAUGGUUAAACACGGAAUCCUUCCAACGGGAUAGACCCCCACAGCCAUACUUUACUGAGUUCCGCGACUUCUUCGAUACUUCACGAGAAAGCAGUGCCGCUCCUCAGGCCUUGGGUUUCGACGGCUUCUUCAAGGGGUCAUACGCAUAUCACUAUCACAAUUCCUGGUGGCAUCCUUUUGAUGCUUCACGGAAUUGGCCUGAUCUUGGAGAACGGUUCAAGAAGGGCGAGCAGGCAGCACGAGCCGCUCUCUCUGAGAGUGGCAUUUACAACGAGACCAAAGUCGAUUUGGUAACGGAGGAUAGACGAGACCUUGACUGGUCGGCUGUGCUCAAGCGGACAUUUGAGGCCUACGUCCGAGGAGAGGCGCCAAACAUCAUUGCUGCGCUUGAUGCUGUCCUAGUGCACAUCGCCUCGAACGCCUGCCCCGGUGAUCUACCCCGGUGA